AUGGAUCUUGGCGGCACUUCGGAUCCAUAUGUGAAACUAUUUCUUCUUCCGGACAAAAAGAAGAAGUUCCAGACUAAAGUUCAGCGUAAAUCGCUCAAUCCUGUCUUCAAUGAGAGUUUCACCUUCAAGAUUCCCUACAAUGAAAUCGGCGGCCAAACACUGGUUUUGAACGUUUUCGACUUUGAUCGAUUUGGAAAACACGAUCAGAUUGGUCAAAUUUCCAUCCCGCUCGGGAAAAUCGAUCUCGCCACAACUAUCGAGAAAACUGUUCCUAUAGAAAGUCCUCCAGAAAAUCGACUAGGAGAAGUUUGUCUAGCGUUGCGCUAUGUGCCCAACAAGAACAAGCUUUCCGUUGUCGUCAUGGAAUGCAAAAACCUCAAGAAAAUGGACGUGCUGGGACUGUCUGAUCCCUACGUGAAGAUCUAUUUGAUGUUACAAAAUAAGCGAUUGGAAAAGAAAAAGACGACAAUUAAGAUGAAAACACUGAAUCCUUAUUACAAUGAAUCAUUCAGUUUUGAUGUGACACCGGAAAAAAUGCAGCAGUGGACGGACAUGCUGGCGACGCCGAGACGGUCUGUGGCCCAAUGGCACACCUUGAUGCCAUUUAACGACGAUUAA